AUGCGACCGACCAACAUGCAUAUUGAGAUGCCUGCCCGACUCUCAUUGGCCAUGGCCAUCGACCAUACGACGCGAACCUCCUCGGCCUCGACGCCGUCGUCAUCACACUCGUCGUCCGGGUCGUCGGGGUCGUCGUCGUCCUCGUUCGCCUCACGCGACGCGACGAGCCAUCCGUCGCUCAACGAUGACGACACUCUCCUCGCCUCGGCCGCCGCGCCCGCCGCUCCUUCAUUAGCUUGGACUUGCUUGGCCCCUUCUCAUGGCCUCAAAGCUUCCCCAUCGACACCCAUGCACGACGAUACACCCCCGACCACACCCCUCAUGACCCAUCCACCCGGGACCAGCUUGGCCAUGUUUGGCGCCGGCGCCGGGCGACGACCGUCUUUGCUGCGCCGAGACUCUUCUGUCUCGUCCGCGGCGAGCUCGGUCGGCGACGAGGACGACACGGUCGAGUGGACGAGCGAAGAGCAGAACAAGAUCAAGAACGUGAGUUGUCUUGUCAUGACAACUGGCUGUGCUCCCAUCUCGGCUCCGGGCUCAAUGACAAAUCGUGCUGACCCUUUCCCUGCGCAUAGGUCCUCGAGGAGUACAUCGAGUCGGUCGAACACGCCCCCUUCUCGUCGACGGGUCCACCGCCUUCCAAUCUGACUUCGCUCGUCGCGCGUGCCGUCAUGCGAGCGAACAAGCACGAGCUCCAGGCGAGCACUCUAUCGCAGGCCCUGGCCAACGGUCCAGUGGCGCCAAAGGACGAGUCGCGUCCUCAAAAGUGGCGACAUGGAGUGCGGAGCACGCGAAGAAAGGUGUUGGCUAUGGGUGAGACAUAGUUACACUUCGUUCCCGCCUUCCACGUGACGUCCCAUUCUGACCCUCUACGUAUCCUCACCCUGCGCAGUCAAGGAGAAGCAACACGAGGCGAUCGAGAGCACGCCGCGUCAAGACCUCGACGACACGCCGCGUCGCAAGCCCCUGGCCCGUCAAGGGUCAAUGGACUUCUUGCCCGAGGCUCGAAAUGUCGCCGCCGUCGCGAGGUAAGCUCCAGCGGGAUUUCCUCGAACUUGGCGAGUUCUUCAAAGCUGACCUCUUCUUUUCCCCACCAGGCUCGGGUCCAAGCUGCGUCGUGCAGAACAAGCUGGCCCGCCACUUUCAGCUUCGGCCACCAACUCGUACACAUCACGUCCGCGUGCGUUCCGUACCGCAUCCCUCUCUUCGAUUGCCGGCUCUCCUACCCAGCCGGCGAAAGCACCGAUGCGUCCUGGGCCUCCUGGAUCACCAAUCAAGGCCCCUCGCAUCCAACGCACCGGAUCCGAUUCGACGGGCCUGCACCACGCCGAAUUCGCCCACUUGCCUUCACCAGGCGCUUCGACCACGGGGAUGCUCUGGUCCGAACCUUCGACAUCAACCUCGAACUCGAUAUUUGACCUCUCCUUUGGAGGCUACGCCAGCCCGGUCGUCACGCCCAAACGAGGAUCGGAACUCGGCAGCGCAUUUGUGAGCCUUGCAGCAGGGGCGGCGUACCCUUCGCCCGUUUCGCAAAAGCGAGCCAAGCACCAUCAUUUGGUUUUGCAUGACGCGCCUUCCCUCAGCCUGGCUUCGCCUUUCGAGACACCGUUCCCUACCGGCGUACAGAACCUGGCGCCCGCGUUCGGUUGCGCCCCUCCCUCGGCACCGAGGAUUGUUCGACCCGGCCCCUCGCCGAUCAAGCGUCGCACCGGCGGUCGAUUGGGCAUGUCGCAGUCUUGGGCAGAUCACCUCUCUGCGCCACCGACGUCGUCAUCCUCACCGGAUGUAUCGACUACCACGUCCGCGUUCGGCUUCGGUGCCGCUCUCGACGCCCAACGCCUACACCCUAGCUCUUGCCUUAACUCACUCGACGCCCCCGCUCGUUCUCGCUCGCCUUCCCCCUUCGACAUGAACGGAACCCCGAGCCCCCUCAGCUCGACCUUCGAUCUCAACGACCUCAGUCUCGAGGCCCUGGACGAGUCCCAGCAUGGCAAGACCAAUAACUUCAUCGCCUCGAGCCGAACGUCGUAUUUUGAGCCGAGUAACUCUUCGCAAUCGCUCAAUGAGAAAUUGAGGGACUGGGAUGGAAGGACCAACCAUGCGCUUCACGUGCACAAGUGA